AUGAGUUUCAUUGUACUUCCUAGAACACACUUUGCUCUUGCGGUUCCGUCUGCACCCCAGAGAGUGAUUUCUAGCGUGAACGAGACUUCCCUGCGGCUGGAGUGGGAUCUGCCGAAAGAGAGCGGAGGCCGGGAGGACGUGGUCUAUAACGUAAUCUGCAAGAGCUGCGGUUCGGGUCGAGGGGCCUGCACUCGCUGCGGUGACAAUGUGCAGUUCGUGCCCCGCCAGCUGGGCCUGACCCAUCCCUGGGUCCACAUCAGUGACCUGCUGGCCCACACGCAGUACACCUUUGAGAUCCAGGCUGUGAAUGGAGUGUCUGACCAGAGUCCCUUCUCACCUCAGUUCACCGCUGUCAACAUCACCACAAACCAGGCCGCUCCAUCUGCUGUGUCAAUCAUGCAUCAGGUCAGUCGAACUGUGGACAGUAUCACAUUGUCCUGGUCCCAACCAGACCAGCCCAAUGGAGUCAUUUUGGACUAUGAGCUGCAAUAUUAUGAGAAGAAUACGGCGGAGUCGAACUCCUCUCUACUGCGGAGUCAGACUAAUACAGCAGUUAUCCGUGGACUGAAGCCGGGGAUCAUCUACGUGUUCCAGGUUCGGGCCAGAACAGUGGCGGGCUUUGGACGUUUAAGUGGGAAGAUGUACUUCCAAACAAUGACUGAAGUGUCUCCAGGAAUGAAGAUCUACAUUGAUCCUUUCACAUAUGAGGAUCCCAAUGAGGCAGUGCGUGAGUUCGCCAAAGAAAUAGACAUCACCUGUGUGAAAAUCGAGCAAGUCAUUGGUGCAGGUGAGUUUGGAGAGGUAUGCAGCGGUAAUCUCAGGCUUCCUGGGAAGAGGGAGAUUCUGGUGGCCAUUAAGACUCUGAAAUCAGGCUACACUGAGAAGCAGCGGCGGGACUUCCUGAGCGAAGCCAGCAUCAUGGGGCAGUUUGACCAUCCCAACAUCAUCCACCUGGAAGGAGUGGUGACCAAGAGCACUCCAGUAAUGAUCAUCACUGAAUUCAUGGAAAACGGAUCACUGGACUCCUUCCUUCGGCAAAACGAUGGCCAGUUCACUGCCAUCCAGUUGGUUGGCAUGCUGCGCGGCAUUGCAGCUGGCAUGAAGUACCUCUGUGACAUGAACUAUGUACAUCGUGAUCUGGCUGCCCGCAACAUCCUGGUUAACAGCAAUCUAGUCUGCAAAGUAUCCGAUUUUGGGCUUUCUCGCUUUUUGGAAGAUGACACGUCAGAUCCUACAUACACAAGCGCCCUGGGAGGGAAAAUUCCAAUACGAUGGACUGCUCCCGAGGCCAUUCAAUACAGGAAGUUCACGUCCUCGAGUGAUGUGUGGAGCUAUGGCAUCGUAAUGUGGGAGGUCAUGUCCUAUGGAGAGCGACCUUACUGGGACAUGAGCAAUCAAGAUGUAAUAAAUGCUAUCGAGCAGGAUUAUAGGUUACCUCCUCCUAUGGACUGUCCAAAUGCACUGCACCAACUAAUGUUGGACUGCUGGCAGAAGGACAGAAACAACCGUCCGAAAUUCAAUCAGAUUGUUAACACUCUGGAUAAGAUGAUCCGUAAUCCUGGCAGCCUGAAGGCCACCACCCCUCUCUCUUCAGGCAUACAUCUACCUCUGCUGGACCGCAGCACACCAGACUUCUCCAGCUUCAGCACAGUGGAUGAAUGGCUGGACGCCAUCAAAAUGAGCCAGUACAAAGAGAACUUUGCCAAUGAAGACCUCACUACCUUUGAAGCAGUGUCUCAGAUGACUAUGGAUGACAUUCUGAGGGUGGGAGUCACACUGGCAGGCCACCAGAAGAAGAUUCUCAAUAGUGUGCAGAUGAUGCGAGCCCAAAUGAACCAGAUCCAGUCGGUGGAGGUUUGAUUCUUAAGAGUGGAGGAUUGGGACCAGCCUGUGCACACCAGACCCCUGUGGCCCUCCUCACAGAAAGAAGCCCCCCUCAGCGAGCCCUGUGUCCAGAGCCCAACAGUAGUCACUUUCUCUGGGGUUGAUCAAGAACAGAUCCCCGCAAGACCGCUAUGGUCUCGAUACAGUACCAGCACACUGAAGGCAAGCUGUAGUGGCCAAUGGCCAAAAUUAUACAUAAAUGUCAUUCUGGCUGCAUUUACAUGCAAGUUUAUAUUCCAGUAUUAUCUCUGACUUUGCAGUAUUUCUAAUAAACCACAUAAUUGUUGGUAUAUCUAUUAUUUAAUAGACAUUUAAAAAUACAUUUCUAAUUUAAAG